AUGUACCAUUAGUUGAUCCUAAAGUUGUUAAUAACUUAGUCUAAUUUCGGGUGUUUGAUGGUACUGAAACGGCCACUAGGUGACGGGGAAGAGGAUGGCUGUGCACUUCUUACUCGUAAAUCCAAGCAAAGAAAUGUCUCAUCAAAUCUUGCUAGACAUGUAAUGCUUGGGUUCUCGUCUCAAGAACUAGCUUCAACGUUGGAACCAUUGAUUCGGGAGUGGGUACGAGAUGAGGUGCAGCGUGCAUGUCGAAACUUCUACUGUUCAUCACCAAGAUCUCCCUUUAACGCGCUUGAAUCAUGUGACACGACGUCCUUUCAGCUUCGUUUCCAGACCAAGCUGCCACACAUGUUGUUCACAGGCAGCAAGGUGGAAUCUGAGGAUAACGGUGCAGUCAAACUAGUGCUAUUUGAUACUGAUUCUAAUCAAAUAGUAUCAUCUGGACCCUUAUCUUCACUAAAGAUACAGUUUGUUCCCCUUGACGGUGACUUCCCCAUUGAUGAUGAUGAAGAUUGGGCUCAGAAGGAUUUUGAGGCCAAGGUUAUAUAUGCAAGAGACGGAAAACGGCCACUAGUCGCUGGAGAUUUGGUGAUGGUUCUAAAAGAUGGAGUCGGAGAUUUAGGUGACGUAUAUUUUACCGAUAAUUCAAGCUGGAGGAGGAGUCGGACGUUCAGGUUAGGUGCGCAUGCUAUUUCUGGAGUAAGAAUUAGAGAAGCGAUAAGCGAGCCUUUCGUGGUGAAAGAUCAUCGUGGAGAAUCAUACAAGAAGCACCAUCCUCCAGCUUUGGAUGAUGACAUAUGGCGGCUAGAAAAAAUAGCAAAAGACGGGGCGUUUCAUAGGCGACUGGGGUCAAACAGAAUUUGUACGGUGAAGGACUUCUUACAAAUGUAUGUUACCAACGAGUCCUCACUCCGGAAGAUACUUGGCGGGUCAUGUAACAAGACAUGGGAGACGAUUAUAAAACAUGCCAAAGAUUGUGUUUUAGAUGACAAUCUGUAUAUAUAUAACUGUGUGGCAGAAGGAAUUGGGCUUUUAUUCAAUUCCAUUUUCACAAUCGUCGGUGCAACUUUUGACGGCCAAAGUUACAUUUCCCUUGAAAAACUUCCGGCUUUUCAGAUGCCUCUGGUGGAAUCUUUAAAGCAGCGGUUUUACAAGAAUUUAGAUGGGAUGUUACCUAUGGAUGAUCUGUCUGUUUUUGGAGCAUCGAUUCUAACGUCCAGUUUACUCAGUGACCCUCUUAGACGUGGUGCUAAUAUGGCUCUGCAGGAUGUUAAUAUCGCAUCUCUGCACCCAGAUCAAGCACAAAUGCAGUACGUUUUUGGGGCUGACAAUAGCAGUCGGCUCAUUACAGAGGAUUCUUCGACGCACUUCUUUUCUCCAGCUCUAAGGAACACCUUUAUAUAUAAAGAUUUUAGCUAUGGCGAAGGAUGUAGUUCAGGCUCGGAUAUGGUGUCUGGCCAGCUGGGUCCUGCUUUUGAUUAGCAUGCAGGACACUUAUCAUGACAAAGACAUGUAGAUAGUGUUUCCUAUGUUUUUGGUUCCGUUUCUAAAGGAACGGGUCCCCAAGAGGACGGUGGUGCAAGACUCGGCAGUGGUCAAGUGGAUUUUAGUGAUGCGAGACGUUGCUGCCAAAAGAAUGAAAAAGUUGUAUCCGUAUCUCAAUCUGUCAUCAUUUACCUCAAGUGGGCUACAAGUAAUAAUUUAAUAUGUUCCUUUGUUCUUUGGAUCUCUUCAUUUCUUUCUUUUCUGGGCCAAAGUUAAAGCUUGUAUGUAUAUUUGUAAAAUAGAUGAAAGUGUGGUAAGUAGUUGUAAAAAGAAGUUGUGCCCGAAGUUUUAGGGGGUAAGUUUCUCUCCGAUCGCCAUGGUUUUAUGCUUAAUACAAUGUAAUGUAGCCUUGAUGUUCAACUAGUGUUAUGUAAUAAAGCUUUUGAUCUUA